UUCGUACGAGUUGUACACGCUCAAAACCUAUCAGAAUUUUCUAAAAUGUAACCGUUUCCUUACCACACUUUGAACAACAAUCCCUCCCGUAGCCGACAAGUUUUUGGUUGUGUGUUAUCUGUUUCGUGUUAUUUGUAUAUCGAAGAAUUUCAAUCCAUUAUGGGAAGAAAUGUACUCGCCAGCAGCUUACAGAAUGCAUCCUUUAGUAUCAUAUUUCAGAUUAUUUGCCGAUGCAUCACAUUCGCGAUAAAUGCAUUCAUCGUGCGGAACGUGGGCAGAGAAGUGUUGGGAAUUACCAACGUCCGUCUGUUACUGCUCGAGAGCACAUUGCUUUUCCUCUCUAAGGAAGCGAUCAUACGAUCGGCACUCAGCUCACGCCACAAUAAGCAAUGUAGUUGGGCACAACUGAUUAAUCAGCUAUGGAUCACCGUACCGGUAUGUUUUGCGCUGGCCAUCCCGUGUCUGUAUGUCUGGAUCAAUUGGCUUUCGUCGGUGGAUGCCAUCUACGCCGAGCAGUACCGGUUUGGGUGCUUCGCAAUAGCGUUUGCUUGCAUCAUAGAACUUACCGCCGAAGCACCCAUUUUCGUCGGUCAGGUGUUUUGCUUCGUGAAGCUUAAGGUUAUUCUCGACACAGGGCAUAUUUUCAUCCGAUCGUUUAUCUUUAUCGCGAUCGUGCUGCUCAAUAAGGACAUAACGAUUUAUGCGUUCGGAAUCGCACAGAUCACGAGCGCCUGUACGAUCAUUGCGGGAAACUAUGCAUUCUACUAUUUCUACAUACCGAAGCUGUUGCGGUAUCGGGAUGAGUUAAAAAAAGUGGACGAUAAGUAUAUCUUACGUGAAAAGUAUGGCCAACAGUAUGAGAAUAUGGAAGAUUUCCCGUUUGCCUCCAUUAAACAAAUGCUUCCAGGAGUUUUACCAAAUCCGAAUUCCGUCUUUAACUCAGAUCUUCAAUCGCUUGUGUUGAGUUUCGCCAAACAGGGUAUAUUGAAGCAAGUGCUGACCGAGGGAGAAAAGUACGUCAUGUCCGUCAGCCCUGUGCUAACCUUCAGCGAGCAGGCAACGUACGACGUUGUGAAUAAUAUGGGUAGCCUAGCGGCACGGUUCAUCUUCCGACCGAUCGAAGACAGCGCCUACUUCUACUUCACGCAGUCGAUUGCACGCGACACAAGCCUCGCCCAGCAGAAGCGCGAAAUCGUCCAGGAAACGUCCGACGUGCUCGCAUACGUUCUUAAAACCGUCUCAUCGAUCGGACUGCUUGCAUUUGUCUUCGCCCAAAGCUACUCUGGCACGGUGCUGCUUUUGUACGGCGGGGCAGACUUUGUAGAGGGUGGCCUACCGGAGCUACUGCUACGCUGGCAUAGCUUGGCCAUCGUUCUGCUCGCCCCGAACGGUAUCACCGAGGGGUACAUGUUCGCAACGAACACCGCCAAGCAGAUUGACACGUACAACUACUACAUGGCGUUCUUCUCCGUGACCUUUCUGCUGCUCUCGUACCAGCUGACGAAUUGGUUCGGACCGGUCGGGUUCAUACUGGCCAACUGCUGCAACAUGAGCUUCCGCAUCGGGUACAGCGUUUUCUACAUCAACAAACACUUCCACCCGGUUGGUAUGAGCCCGUUGCUAAAAUCCUUGCCCGGUCCGAUGUACCUGAGUGUGCUGAUAGUAUGUGGAAUUGUAUGCAAGAUUUCCGAAUCGUACUUCAGCGGUCGAUCAAUCCUGUGCCACCUGUUUAUCGGGGCGCUCUGUACGGCGCUGUCGGUGGCCACGUGGAGUUUUGAAAACCGGGAACUCUUGCGCACGGGACUGGCACGGUAUCGUACGCGUAAGCAAAGCCUUACUCCCGACGACGGCCCUAGCCGCUGAAGAAUCCGAAGCGUACAUCCCUUGCUCAACUUAAACCAAAGAAAGUAGAACAAUAUGUAGCUUCUCUUUUUGGUUGUUUUACACGUUCCUUACUAAAAAAGACGAUCGACCAUAGGACCUUUAACACUACGCACUGCAAUAUUGUCAAUUGAUUGCGCUUCUUUUU